UAUGGCCUCUUCUUGUUCUCAUCUCCACCACGAUUCCAAUCCAGCUUCAAGCUUUCAGAUUUCGAAAGGGCAAUCAUCAUGAAAUUCGGACUCAACAGUCUUGCGCUGUUGGCGACAGCCACGGUAGCAAAUGCGCAGUCAUGCGCGCUGCCAACUUCAUACAAGUGGACAUCGUCGGGCGCUUUGGCUCAGCCAAAGAACGGGUGGAAAUCGCUCAAGGAUUUCACUUACACGCCUUACAACGGAAAGCACUUGGUCUACUCGACCUUCUACGGCAGUGACUACGGAUCCCAGGCAUUUGGAACGUUCUCAAACUGGAACGAGAUUGGAUCGGUCAGCCAGACUGCCAUGAGCACCCGCGCUGUUGCUCCCUCUCUCUUCUACUUCGCACCUAAGAGCAUUUGGGUGCUUGCCUAUCAAUGGGGUCCCACCACCUUCUCCUACAGGACGUCCUCGGACCCGACCAACGCCAACGGUUGGGGAACAGUUCAGCCUUUAUUUAGCGGAAAAAUCACUGAUCAGAGUGGUACCGGUGCCAUCGAUCAAGCUGUAAUUGGUGACAGCCAAAACAUGUACCUCUUUUUCUGUGGCGACAACGGCAAGAUCUAUCGCGCCAGCAUGCCAAUCGGAAAUUUCCCUGGAAACUUCGGAACCAGCUAUGUCACUGUCUUGAGUGAUACAAGAGAAAACCUGUUUGAGGCUGUUCAGGUAUACACCGUUAAGGGUUCUAGCCCAACUAAGUACCUCAUGAUCGUCGAGGCAAUGGGUGCUAACGGACGCUACUUCCGUUCCUUCACAGCAUCCAGUCUUAGUGGAAGCUGGACACCCAAUGCCGCUAGUGAAAGCAACCCAUUUGCUGGCAAGGCAAACAGCGGCGCUACUUGGACCAACGAUAUCAGCCAUGGUGAACUUAUUCGCACCAGCUCUGAUCAAACCAUGUUGGUUGAUCCGUGCAACCUCCAAUUGUUGUACCAAGGUCGCGAUCCCAGCAAGAACCCUCCCUACAACGAGCUCCCUUACCGCCCUGGUCUUCUUACCCUUCAAGGCGCUCAACAAAACCCACCCGCAGCAUCAACUACUACUACCGGAGGCGGUUCCACACCUACCCAACCCCCAUCAUCUGGCACCGUGCCCAAGUUCCAGCAAUGUGGCGGUAGCGGCUACACAGGACCUACCGUUUGUGAGGCCGGCUCCAAGUGUACAUACAGCAAUGACUGGUACUCUCAGUGUUUGUAGACGCCUGAACGAUGCAGCCACGGAUUUUCCACUGCCAUCGCCAAGUACUUUGCACGGGUAUUGAACGUUCCUUAUCUGCGGAGAAACAUUUGCCUACUUGUAUAUAGCUCUCAAUGCAAUCGUUCGCACCCCCAUCUUUCGAUUUUCUUCUCAAGUCAAACCCUAGCUUCUGUAGACCUUUGUU